AUGUCACAGCCAGGAUUCUUUGACGACAUGGCAUCAGGCACGGAACUCUUUCUGAGUGGUGACGUUGAUCAAUCAUGGUUUCAACCCGAUGAAGACUAUGGGGAUUUAGGAACAUCCUCCUACGAUGAGACACCUCCAAAAAGUCCUCUUUUCACACCUGCACCCUCCAGAGAAGGAACCCGCACUCCAACUACAGAGCUCUCUCGUACUGUAUUAGGAGACGCCAAUUUCUCUCAGUUGCGACCAAUAUCUGAGGAAGAACAUACUCAGAACAAUACCGAACCUAGCUCUGAAAAGCCCUCCGAAGACUCACAAAAACUGGAUUCUCAGCGCCAAUGUGAUAGUGAAGCCAAUGACACCAAUGAAAGAUCUGUCCCGACGACAUCUGAUCCCAAGCAACAACAGGACAUUCUUUACUCGGGCUAUUGCAAUCUUUUCGGUGAAGAUAGCUCUGAUGAGGAUGAGUUGCCAGAAUCUGACGAACGUCAACUCAGCGGUGAAACAAACACCAAUGAUGAACAACCUGCUCCUGCGACCUCUGAAGACAACGUAGAUGACGACAUCGACUUCGAUGACCAUGGUUCUAUCUUUGGUGGAUCUUCAUCUAAUACUCGAGAAAAGAAUGCAGAGAAGAUCACCGAUGAUGAUAUCGACAACGACCCCUUGUUUGGAGGAUCCGAUGAUUCUGGCCUGGGUACUGAGGAUGAUAGCUGUGAAUCUACUCUAGAUACUGCAAAUUGCAAGAGUUUCAAAAAUAAGAACCUUGCUCCCGCUCCUGUUGCUACUGCCUUGGAGCCAUUUAGACUCCACCUCCCCGAACCCCCACGUGCGAAUGCUUCAAACGAGGGGCUUCACUUACCAGAUCGCCCUGAUACGAAUGCUUCACAACAGAGACUACACCUACCAGAUCACCUAGGUACCAGCGCAACAGAAGUGGCUGCAGAUAACGACUUUGAAGCAGAUUUCGCACGAGAGAUGGAAAAUUAUGACGCCACAAAAGAUAACGACGGGACCACGCUCAAUCUUCCCAGCACCCCAGAUGUGGACAUUCAACAACCUGCAGUCAAUGCCUGUGUCCAAGAACAAAAUAAUGUCGGCCAAAAAGAAUCGAAUGUUCCAUCAAAAUCACCCAACGUCGAGAGUGGUCGAAGACAAGAAGGUGCUGAUACAACUGCCAAAAUGGGUCUUCCUCAGGCUCGUGGUCGUGGCCGUGCGGCUGGACCAAUCACAAAACUUUCUGGGCCACCACCGUCUGUAUUCCAACCUCUUGAAUCUGACUCGCCAUCUGAGGAGGGCAAAUCGUCGACGCGUCGGAAGGCUUCGCAUUUCGCAUGGGCAUUCUCAGACCACGUUGGCUUUGGUAAACCUGGUCCUGGCAAUAAGUACAGAAAUCAUAAUUCAGCGCAGAACCCAAUACUCGUUGCUGACGAUUCAGACACGGCUGAGGAGACUAAUAAGGAAGUCAAUAGUCAAUCACAGGAUGUCGACCGCUCUGUCACAAAAGUUCCAGAUGCCAUUGAUCUCGCAAGCGGCAAUGGGGAUGGAUCACCGGUGGAUAGUGAUAAAGACAACCGCAUUCAUGGGGUAGAUGGAAAAAAUCAUUUCGAAGACUUCGUAGAUGGCCAGAGUUUUGCUCAAGACUAUCAGAGCUUUUCUACUCCUGCGCAAAAUCACUUGGCGCCCACGAAUAAUCCCAUUCGACAGACUCCGCAGGUACAGCCUGUUUCAAAAUACCAUCCACAAGUCCCAGCCAACGCACCAUUUUCGGCUCCUCAAAAUGAAGCUCCUCAUCAACCUCAAAUUCGGGAACAUUCAAUGGCUGAGACGCCAAACGAGGUCAUUUACCCCACUAAUCCCAGCUAUUCGAAUUUUGAACUACGAUUUUCUCACGCCAGCGGGAAUUUUUUGAGCUCUCCUUCGAAUUAUUCGUCGCCAUAUAGUCAGCCCAUUCAACAGAAUCCAGAUGUACAGCCACUUCAGUAUUCCUAUCCCGAAGUUGAAAAUAAUUUGACCUUCCCGAGUUCUGAUGACCCGUAUCCUCAGCUUCCUGUAUUUGAGGAGGGGUAUGGCUUGCAAAACUCUCCCAUGGAUCAAAUAGCUUUGUUCCCAAGUCAUGGUCACUUGAACCAAAUGAUUGACGAAUAUGACGACGGCCUCAGCGAUGGAGCAAGUGAUGGCGAGGAGGAAAGCUCGGCUAGUGGAAUCAGAAAUAUUCAGAACAACGGAAACAGUGCACAAACGAGUCCCCGGAAGGGUAAACCACGACCAUGCGAGACUCGCGCCGAAUAUGGCUACCAUAGACCAUGGAUGAGAUACGAUGAGUACAAGUAUCUCUUCCCUUUGGCUGGGCCACGUUUGUGCUUUGAAAAUGCGAUUGCGAAGCAAGCGGAAGAGGAUGCGGCAUUGACAGCCAGAGGAGAGGUCAUCCCUUUAAGACAACCCCUCACAAGGCACAUCAAGAUUUCUCACGAGAGACUCGAUGCACUUAAUCAGUAAGUAGAAUGCUCACUUUUCCAAGUUUUUACCUGACCAUAAAUGAAUGAUGAAUAUUUUGCUGACUUAAACUUUCUAGACUCCGUCUCUCAAAGGGUGAAGAGCCAUUCAAGCCGAAACUUUCAGGCGUGAAAUAUCCAUCAGUUUUCCUCGACGCAAAAAGAAGAAGGAUUGAAGAAGAGCAAGCAGAGUCCUCUGACUACGAGAGGCGAGAAAUGGAACCAGAUGCAAAGCGCCCAAAACUCGCCGCAGGACCGAUUCAAAAUGAUGCACCCAUAAAUGGCAAUCCGACGAUGUUACAGCAAGAUCCUUAUGCGAUGGGGAAGCGCCAGCGUCACUAUUUGGCAUACCGAGUACCAGAGCUGAGGGAGAAAUGCAAAGCUCUGAAACUUAGCACCCUAGGAUUGAAAGGCGUUUUAGUACAACGAUUGGUGGACCACGAUGUUAACAGCCGUCCUGCUAUAGCAAGCAAUAGCCAGCAAAAAAAUCAGUCUCAAAAUAGAUGGGGAGUUCGUCAUGAUCAGCCAAUGCCUGAUGUUGGUCCCAUGAAUGGAAUGCAGGCCCCUCCCAUUGGUACGAAUUAUGGUCGGCAACAGCAUCAAGGUCAGGGUGGCCGGGGAGUCCAUCAGGGUCAGCCAGUGCCUUAUGUAGGUCCAGUGCAUGGAAUGGGACCAUCAAAUAACUACCGCCAAAAUCCACCAACCAUGCAGUACCCUCCAGCAACAGGAUAUCGAGCACCUCGCAUGAAAUCGCUUAGGUAUGGAAAUGUAAAUCAGGAACCAUGGAAUGGUGGUCGUGGUGGAUCUCCAAAUAAUCAUUAUACACCUCCAGCCCAUGGUGCGAGCGCCAGACAGGAAUCAAUGAAUGCUGGCCUUGGUGGAUAUGGUGCUUUCCAGCAGCCGAUGAAUUAUGGUAGCAACAGAUACACCCAUGGAAGUUUACAACAACCAUAUUCCGCGGGCUACCAAGAAAACGCUAGUGGUCGUCCCCAAUAUUCAGCGCAGGGCUUAGCUGGUGGACCGAUGCAUAACCCGCGUCAUAGAAUAUAUGGCACUAGCAUGCGACAACGACCAAUUACCAAUGGCAAUGGCAAUGCAUAUGCUAACAGGGCUAUGGGUACGACCUUUGAACACAUGUCCAGUAUGAAUCCCGAUCAGAACAACAUCAAUCAAACGAUAUCAAACUCGUUGGAUUCUGAUGCCAUGAACUGGCAAGCUGGUAUGCAAAUGGGUCUAGGUGGUAUGAACUGGAAUGGUAGCACUCAACCAUUCUAG